AUGCCAAAAGAAAUAGUAACAGAAAUAAAUAAUAGAAUCAAUGACAACAUAAAUGUCAACAUCAAUAAUAAAAGCUAAGAGCUAUUUCUGCUUUAGCCAGGAAAAAACUCAAAAUCACUCUUUAAGCCCAGAAAGCUAUCUUCAAACUUCAAAAGACAAAGAAGGAAUCUCAAACAAACUUAAUCAAGUGAAAGCUAUGCUGAAGAAUUUAGCAAUAUCGGCGGAAAUAAUCCUAUCAAUUAAAACGAAGAAAAUGGAGAUAGCUCAAAUUAACAUCAGCAAAUUUAAAGGCCAAGAAUCAGUGUAACUGAGAUGAAGUUAUCCAAUCCAGGAGCAAGAGUAUCAAGGAUAGAUAAAAUAUCAGAGGUCCUUUAAUAAUAGAAAAUUCAAACAUACAAUGAGUGGAAGGAAUGCACCAAGGAUAUCUACAAGUAUGUUAUUCAAAGAACAGAGGAGGAAUUAAAAGUAGUAGACUAGUUCUAUAAAAGGAAACCAGAUUUUUUAAGAACAGAUGAGGAUCCAAUUUUGAGUGAUAUUCUAGAAGAGGAAUUCAGACACCAGAUAUAGAUUUUGAGGGAAAAAUAGAUUAGAGAAAGGAAUAAUGAUGAAGUAAAACCAUCAGAGUUUUUCAAACAUCUAAUGGACUUAGUAAAGAGGUAUAGGAUGAAAUUAAGAGGAGACAAAGAAUUGGCAUUUGAAAACAUUCUUAUCAAUAUGAUGAAUGAAGAUUAUAACGCCUAUUAUGAGUAUAAGAAGAAGCACAACUUUCUGGAUUUAGAGAAGAAGAACAAACUAAAAGAUACAACUAUCCUAGAAAACUUUGAUUAAUAGGCUGGACAGGGACAAAAUUAGACUACCUGGAAAAACAGAUAAUAUGAAGUCAAUGACAUUCUAUAUGAAGAAAAUGAGUUGUAAUAAAUCCAGCACAGAUAAUCGAAUGUUCACAAAGGCUUUAGUAAACUGGUUCAUUUAAUGGAGGAUAAGCUAGAGUCAAGCAGAGCAUAAAACGGGAAAUUUAUGAAGUAUAUAUAAAGAAUAUAGAAGCUUAAAAAUGUUAGGGAAUAAAGAUUGGCUAAAUAGAGGGGAUAUCGAGAGCCUACGAGUCCAAGUCCAUCUCUGAAAAAGGCAAAGAAGAUAUCUGAAAUGAGUGAAUCUGCAUCGCAAAGUAAAGGUGUUAAUCCACUUAUUUAUCCCCAAAAUGAACUAUAAUUUGACUUUUAGCAUCUAGUACUUAGUAAUCCUGAUCUUUCAGUUAAGAAACCAGGAGAGCAGAUAGAAACUAGAUUUUAAACUAAAAGAAUAAGUGUGGAUUAAGCUAAUAUGCCUCUAAGUCAAAAAAACUACCCUGCCAAACAUUAAAGAAAUAAUAAUUCUCAAUUUUAGCAGGAUUCUAGAUUUUUUCAUUCUAGAAAAUCAAUAUAAGACAUUAAUUUAAUUGGGGGUGAGAAGUUUCAAUUUUCAGAUUAAAGUACAAGAAUUGAUUCUAACCAAAAUCGUUAAAAUAUAUAAAGAAUGCAAGCAAAAUUUAUUAGGAGUAAUGUAGAACUCCCUAUAAGAUAGACAUAAUAAUCACAAAGAGUGCCAAGAAACGCCUUUAGUCCAAAAUAAUCUCCCAUUAAUACAACUGCAACUGACUUCUACAAAAGAAAUCUAGAUUAGAUAAAUAAGAAACUUAAUUUUUCAUGCAUUAUUUCGCCAGAGCUCUAGCCAAAAAUACCAAUCUUAAGAAGUCGAUAACAAUCAUAGUAUUAAUCAACUCAGCCUUAAUCAAGUUCAUAUUCUGAAUAGAGGGUCAAAUUUCAAGCCUAAACUCCCAAAGUCAAAGAUAUGAAAGACAGGAUAAAACAGCAUCCAAUCAAGGAAGAUUCAUUUAGAAUUUAGGUGAGAAAGGAUAAGGAGGAAAUUUCUGAAAAGCUUAAGGACAUCAAGAAAAGUAUAGCUGAUUUCACUGUCUAAUUUAAAGAAGAUCCCUAAUAAAACUUCUAGAACUAGUAUGCACUUAAGAUGUUUUAAGAGGACAUUCGCUUUGAAAAUAUAAAGAAUUCUAUUAAGAUAUAUGAUGUUAUUGAGCAUGCAAAAAAGCCGAAAUAGCAAAAGUUGCUUUACUUUUAUCAUGUUAACAGUCGAGAUGAAAUAAAUGCUGAGACUAAGCUCAUUAAAAAUGAGGUAAGAUAGGGUAUAACUGAUCCUGUAAGAACAGCAGCUAUUAUUGAGCUCUAGAACUUCAUUAAGAAAAAUGUAGGAAAUAAAAAAGUAAUGAGUAGAAUUGCUGAGGAAAGCACUCAUAAAAUGAUGGUUAGUAGUAAGAAUAAAAGGGCCUUAAAUGAAAUAGCUGCCCUUAUUGAAUCAGAAUUUGAAAAUAAAAACAAUCCCAGACGUGAUAUUUUAUCAUUAUGA